UUGUGACGUCACUCUACUGACCUUGGUUGCCGGUGUGCUUACAACUUUCUUUUUGACGAGAAGACACUUAUAUUCACUAUGUCUAUAAUAAGAACUGUAGCCUCAUCAGCUUUACAACAAAGCAAGGUGCUGUUUCCAGCUGCCUCAAUAGGUGCACGAAAUUCAUCUUCCAGCACAAACUUGAAGGAUGUAUUAGCAGACUUGAUACCAGAAAAACAGAAAGAAGUUGUAGCCUUAAGAAAGGAGUAUGGAAACAAGAAAGUUGGUGAAGUGACACUGGAUAUGAUCUAUGGUGGUAUGAGAGGAAUAAAAGGCUUAGUAACAGAAACUUCAGUCUUAGACCCAGAUGAAGGCAUCAGAUUUAGAGGGUACAGUAUCCCAGAGUGUCAGAAAAUAUUACCAAGGGGGAAUGCAGGAAAGGGAGAGGAACCACUUCCAGAGGGACUCUUCUGGUUAUUAUGUACAGGACAAGUGCCAUCACAAGAACAAGCAGAUGCUAUAUCUGAGGAAUGGAACAAAAGAGCUGCAUUACCAAACCAUGUGAUAACCAUGUUAAACAAUUUCCCAUCAAACCUUCACCCAAUGUCUCAGUUUAGUGCAGGAAUUACAGCCCUCAACAGUGAAAGUAAAUUUGCAAAAGCUUAUUCUGAUGGCGUUAAAAAAGCAUCAUAUUGGGAGUAUGUGUAUGAAGAUUCUAUGGAUAUGAUUGCAAAGUUACCAACAGUGGCAUCUAUAAUCUACAGAAAUCUAUACCGUGAUGGUACAGCUGUAACAGCUAUUGACAAUAAAAAAGAUUGGAGUUGGAACUUCUGUUCUAUGUUAGGUUAUGACAAUGCUGAUUUCAUAGAACUGAUGAGAAUGUAUCUUACAAUUCAUAGUGACCAUGAAGGAGGAAAUGUCAGUGCUCAUACCACACAUUUAGUAGGAAGUGCUUUAUCAGAUCCAUAUCUUAGUUUUGCAGCUGGUAUGAAUGGCUUAGCUGGACCUCUCCAUGGAUUGGCAAAUCAGGAAGUACUUGUAUGGUUAACAAAGGUUCAAGAGGAUGUAGGAAAAGAUUUUUCAGAAGAGAAAAUGCGAGACUGGGUUUGGAAUACCCUAAAAUCUGGACAGGUUAUUCCAGGAUAUGGUCAUGCUGUAUUGAGGAAGACAGAUCCAAGAUAUACAUGUCAGAGAGAGUUUGCUUUGAGAAAACUCCCUAAUGAUCCAUUGUUUAAAUUGGUAUCAGCUCUCUAUAAGGUCACACCAGAUGUUUUGAUAGAACAGGGUAAAGCCAAGAAUCCAUGGCCUAAUGUAGAUGCACAUAGUGGAGUUUUAUUACAGUACUAUGGUAUGACAGAGAUGAACUACUACACAGUCAUGUUUGGAGUUUCCCGUGCUCUAGGAUGCAUGUCUUCACUUAUUUGGGAUCGUGCUAUGGGACUACCUAUUGAAAGACCAAAAUCUUUUGACACACCAUCAUACAGAAAAUUAGCAGAAAGUGCUAAAUAAGUUGAUUGAAAUAAUUUAUAUAAACUUGCAUAUAUUAAGUUUCCUUAUUGUAAUUAAGCAUCAAGUUACAAUUAAGGUCAGACACUGUUAGUUACUGGUAUUUAUUUUAAGUUAAUUAGUUCUUGUGUAAACUUUCUCUGUUUACUAUUUUUAUAAAUGACUAUAUAAUUAUGUGAUAUUGUCUUCAGAUCAAAUGAUUUAUAUUAUUUAGCAGCACUAAUUUUAAUAUAAGGAACAAUUUGGGCAUACUUACUUUGCAAGUGGAAACUGCAGGAAAGUUCAUCCAUAGAAUGUAGAUCAUCUCCCUUUGUAUUUGGAUUCACUUAAAAUGAGUAACGGGCAGUUACAUUCAAGAUUAGUAUGGGGAAAAUAUUUCCAUCUAUUGAUCAAAAAGCUAAUUUACAUGAUUUUAAUUUAAGAAAAUUAUUUGAUAUCAACAUGAAGCCAAGCUAUAUGAAUGGGAAUGUCAUAGAAUCCCCCCAUUAAUCUAUGCAUCAGAAUAUGUAAAUAUCAUUACAAACUAAUCACUGAAGAAAUGCAAAAAUAGGAAUAGUUUUCUUAACAAUAAUUUAUUGUAGUCUGUCCAUGAAUACUAAGUGCAAAGUGUGGUUUGAGUGUACAUUUGUUAAAAUGGUAUGUAAAAAUAUCAUUCAUUUGUUGUAUAUUUAUAGAUUGUUUACCAGAACUAUCAAGUAUGAAUUAUAAAAAACCCAUUUGUAAAAAAAAAAUGUAAAAAUAUAUAAAUAUGCAGA